UGUUUUGAUUCUUGAUAUUUAUCUGUCAAUUUCUUUUCUUGUACUUUUCUAGCUAACAGUGCGUCUCUUGGAUAUACUCACUAGCCCACUAGGAGUUUCAGGGGUUUAGAAACAUUAUUGGUCACCCAUAACAAGUUAUGAUGACACUGUGAUGGAAACCACAUUACCAACUUCCCAACUUUUAAACAUCACUUUUGGAUUCUAGAGGUUCUGGAGGCUUUUUUGUAUUUUCACAGAGACUCAUCAAGGAACUAGUCAAUUAGAAAGUAAAUUAAGUGUAAUAAACCAAAUAUAUAAAAAACAUAAAGCCUGGUAGUAAAAUAAAUUAAAUAUAACUUGAAUAUGGGUCGAAUAAGUUGGAGAUUUCAUAAGAGAACUGAGGGAUUAGUAAAUUAUUUCCGUUUACGAUGGUCCUAUAUGAAACUGUGCUGGCAUUCGCUGACCCACAACAAUCACAUGAAUGCUUCCUAUGCCACAGAUGUGUGUAUGGAACCAGUGUUUUGGAUUGUCGAUAAUUAUACACAUCUAUUGGGACCGUUCUUUGUUGUUGGCGUUGCCUUAUUAACUACUGCCGUCGUUAGUAUUGCCUAUUGGAUAGGACUUCCAUUUUGGUGGGACAAAAGUCCAACUGCCACUGUUAUACUUUUAAUAAUUGGUAACUGGCUGUUACUGAAUGUGAUAUUUCAUUAUGUUAUGGCGGUCAUAACACCAGCCGGAGAACCACCAGAGGGUGCAUCUCUAAAGGAAGUUGUUGGCAUUUGCAAGAAAUGCAUAUCGCCAAAACCUCCACGAACACAUCAUUGUUCAGUUUGCAAUAAAUGUAUACUCAAAAUGGAUCACCAUUGUCCUUGGCUCAACAACUGUGUAGGUUAUGGUAAUCAUCGAUACUUUUUCCUUUAUAUGCUUUACACCACUCUUGGAUGUCUGUUCUUGAUUGUAUUUGGUAUUGAAAUUGGCUAUAAAUAUUUGUGGUUGGAUCAUGGUGAAAAUUGGACGGAGACCGAACCACUGGAGGGCCAACCGGUGAAAUUAAAUUUGAGUGGACACAUUAUACCGGUGACACAUCUAAAUGAAUACGAUGAAGAUUUACUUUUGCCCGCCCAACACAAUUUACCCACCCCGGCAGAAUUGUAUGAUGUGAAUAGUGCCCAUAUAGCCUCACGAAGACGGGCUCUAUGGUUUAUGGCAUUUAUGUGUGUGGCAGUGGUAAUAGCAUUGGGUACUCUCUGCAGCUGGCAUGCUAAACUAAUUACCCGUGGUGAAACAAGCAUUGAGGCUCAUAUAAAUCAAUCGGAACGCCGGCGGUAUCAGGCACAAAAUAAGAUAUACAUCAAUCCCUACAAUUUUGGUCCCAAAAAGAAUUGGCGUUUAUUUUUGGGCUUAGUAAGGGGACGUACAUUUUGGCGUACAGUACUUUUACCAUCUUGGCAUAAACCGGAAGGUGAUGGCUUGUCUUUUCACACAGUUCAUGAUUAUGAAUAUGCAAAGCAAAUUGAUGAAUGGCCAUAAAACAUAAAGCAAGGGAAGAUGUUUUUGCUUUUCUGCUUCUGCAAUAGGACUCAAAUUUACUUAAACCUAUUUAGACAUAAUUCAUUCCGACAUUUUGCAUUGUAAAUUUUUGUAAAGUUAUUUUUUAUUAUUAUCAACUUAACUUAUAUUAAGUUUAUGUCAAUGCAUUUAUAAACAAUCUAAGUCAUAUAUAAU